AUGGCUGCUGUAUCUCCAGAAUAUGCCCACCAGACUAAGGGCCCACGAAUAUUGGCUGUCUUUUGGGCCAUGACCAGUCUUGCAAUUCUAGCUGUGGCAGCCAGGCUCUUCAUCCGCAUUAAAGUCUUGCGCAACCCAGGUGCAGAUGACUGGCUGAUCGCAGCGUCAAUGGUUUUCAGCAUAUCAUAUUCUGUAGUAACAACGGUCGACGUCGCUCUAGGUUACGGAAAACAUGCAAUCGUCAUAGCAGAUAGACUAGAACUCGUUUUGCUAGUCAACUAUAUCAACUUCGCCUUGGGUAUAAUAUCCUUCGCCUUACCCAAAUUAGCCGUGGCAGCCCUGCUAAGCCGUUUCCUGAACCCGACAACUAUACAACGUGCGAUCUUGUGGGGACUGACGGGGUUCGUGGCACUGGUGUCGUGCAUCUGCAUCUUGGUGCUAUUUACCAUGUGCGAUCCAGCGAGAGCUCUUUGGGACACGUCCCUUCUGUCGAAGGGCGCACAUUGCCGGAGCUCGUGGAUCCUUGUGGACUAUGCCAUCUUCACUGGAGCCGUAUCUGCUUUUACGGAUCUCUAUUUGGCAAUUUAUCCGACAAUCAUUUUGCUGAAACUCAAUAUGUCGCUGCGAAAACGAUUGGCAUUGUGUACAGCGUUGGGCCUGAGUGCGGUCGCUUGUGCAAUGGCAAUCAUUAAGUGCAUGCAGCUGCCGGGCCUUGCUGAUCUCAGCGAUACGACAUAUGCCACAGCAGAUCUUGUGAUCUGGACAAGUAUCGAAUCGAACGUCGUGAUCCUAGCCUCAUGUAUCCCCACGUUACAACCGCUUCUCGAAAUAAUUCUCGGAAAGCGCAGUCUGAGAAGUACCAGCAGAUAUCAGUACAAAGAGAGCAGUGCACAACUGCCCGAGUCCAACAAAUGGAGCAGCAAGCGGUCUGCACACCGGAAAAGCAAAGGCAAUAUGAUGGUCGCAGAUGUUGGCAGCCAGGACAGCAUUUUGCAGACAGUUAACGAUCACGGGGACGAGAGCCAUUAUAUGGGGCACAUCCGUCGUACAGAUAACAUCACCAUUGUGUACGAAAGCGUGACGCCACACUCGGGUGGUGCUGAUAAUACAAAUUACCAUGUAAAAUAG